AUGUCCGUUGAUAAGUCGUCGAACAAGCAGACGCAUGUUGGUCGUAAAGCGCAUGCGAACAUCGAGAGUUUUGAAAUCGAAGAACAAGAAGGUGGUAACAACGUUAUCACACUUGAUGGUCAGGUCAAUUACCACAAGCCUGAAAAUGAGCAGACAACUGAUCGAUCACAAGCAACGAGCAAAAACGUCGAGAUCAAGAGUGAUUCACCGCGAAAGUUUGACAGGCUGCAUCUAAACUUGGAUGUAGAAGAAACAGUUGAUCAGAGGCAAGUGAUAGUAGCAGCGGAGGAAGAUGAUAAUACAAUUAGCGACUCCAUCAAUCGAAAUCGUCGACUCGUAGAAGAUGUUACUGGAGAACAAAAUCUGACAACUACGAACAUCAUCAACGAUGUCAAAAUGAACCCUGGUCCUAUUGUAGGAUACGCCGAAGAGCGGUUGUUGCCUCUUUCGAAAGCAUGUGCUCCGCUGACCACCAUCAUCCCCGAUUUAUCGGUCUACGUUCAAAUAGCACUCGACGAAACCCCAGAGGAGCCACCUGACGGACUGACGAUCGACGAGAGUGCUGCAAUUCGGCUCUACACGAUCGAAUGGGAAAGACCGCACGGAAGUCUCUAUUCGAAACUCAAUUACACCCUCAAGACGGCGGAUCGCGAGGACCUUCAACCCUAUUUCAAGUAUCUGAAACUGUUCUUGACUGCCCUGGCCAAACUAUCAUGCGUCCCACAGCUGACCAUCUGGCGAGGGGUAACCAAAGAUUUGAGCGCAGAUUUUCCACCUGGCACCCUGGUGACAUGGUGGGCAUUUUCAUCAUGCACGACUGCACUGACCGUGCUCGAGAAUAACAUGUAUUUAGGCAAUACGGGUGCGCGGACGCUCUUCUCCGUCGAAGCCAUUAACGGUCGAACAGUGCAAGCUCAUUCGCAUUUUGUUACCGAAGAUGAAAUUCUUCUUCUGCCCGGCACUCACAUGGUGGUUCAAUCACAAUUCACCCCAGCGCCCGAUCUCCACAUCAUCCAUUUGAAACAGAUAAUACCGGAACAAAUGCUACUAGAACCUCCAUUCGAAGGUGCAUAUCUUUAUCCAAAAAACAAGAAGAGAGCAAGUGAUGAAUUUGAAGCGUCCUUAUCUGUUAAAACAUCAGCGGGACAUAUGAGCUCUACUAUUAUCCGCCUAUGA